AUGAGUAGCUCUGGUUCAUCAUCUCUUGAAUCAAUUGAGCAGGAGGAAUUCUCUGUUGAAACUAGGACGAAUAUGCCAGGAUGGCUUGGUCCAUUUUUAAAGAGGACAUUUUUUGGGUCAUGUUUGGUACAUGAACUCCAAAAGAAUGAAUUGAACAGGUAUUGCAUUACCUGUGAUUUAGCAUUAUGCAGGUAUUGCAUUUCUUCAGACAAACACAAUGACCACAAGCUUCUAAAGAUUUACCGACAUGUUUACAAAGAUGUUGUUCCCCUCGAUGAGAUGGAGAUUCAUAUUGAUUGCUCCAAAAUCCAGCCGUACAAAUGCAACAAGAAAUGGGUUAUCUCUUUGAAUCCGCUGCCACAUUGUGGGUCAGGCUCUCAAAUUGUUGGAGAUGCUACUUGUUAUAUUUGCAAAAGGAGAUUGAAUGACCCUGACCAGUAUCGCUUCUGCUGUAUUUCCUGCAAGGUAGAAGCCUUAUCCAGGAAGAGAAAUGAAGCGAGUUGUGCGCUACGUGCAAUUGAAGCUUUUGAAGCAAUUCAGAAUGGCGAGAUCAGGCGCAAGCGCAGGAGGAAGGGAUAUCCUCACAGAGCUCCUAUUCAAUAA